UUCCCCUUCUAGGCAAAACCUUUGUUUUCCUGUGGUAUUUCUUUACCCAUCUCUUUCUCUCAGCUAUUUAUAUCAUUGGCUACUGAAGCAGGAAAGCCAUGGUUUUUCCUGUGGUAUUUUUGAAGCUAGCGGACUGGGUCUUGUACCAGCUGCUGGCUAACUCAUGUUAUAGAGCCGCCAGGAAGGUGAGAAACUAUGGGUUCUUUCUAAGGAACCAAAUUCCUAGGUCGUCAUCACAGCAGCAAGCUACUUCUUUGUUCCCUAGUGCUUCCCACUGUGAUGUAGGCAAUAAUAUUAGAAGCUCUCAAACACUGGUUUGUGAUAUUCAUGGAGUCUUAUUAAGAGCAAAAACCUUUUUCCCUUACUUCAUGCUACUUUCUUUUGAAGCUGGAGGCAUUUUGAGAGCCUUUCUGUUGCUUUUAUCGUGCUCGUUUUUGUGGGUUUUGGACUAUGAACUCAAAUUGAGGGUAAUGAUUUUUAUAUCCUUCUGCGGGCUUAGGAAGAAGGACGUUGAGAGCGUUGGCAGGGCUGUUUUGCCAAAGUUUUAUCUUGAGAACCUUAAUCUCCAAGCUUAUGAAGUUUGGUCUAAAACAAGUUCAAGGGUUGUGUUUACAAGUAUACCUAGAGCUAUGGUGGAAGGAUUUCUCAAAGAAUACAUGGCCGUCGAUGAUGUUGUAGGCACUGAAUUGCACACUGUUGGGAACCGAUUCACAGGCUUGUUAUCCAGCUCCGGUUUGCUGGUAAAGCACAAAGCUUUAAAGGCAUACUUUGGUGAUAAAAAGCCAGAUGUUGGCCUCGGAAGUUCAAGCCUCCAUGACCAUCACUUUAUCUCCCUUUGCAAGGAAGCCUAUGUGGUGCACAAGGAAGAUGGUAGAAACAAUCAAAGUUGUUUGAUGCCAAGGGACAAGUACCCGAAGCCACUUAUAUUUCAUGAUGGGAGACUAGCUUUCUUGCCAACACCAUUUGCAACACUUUGCAUGUUCUUGUGGCUUCCAUUUGGGAUAGUUCUCGCUAUAUUUAGGAUUCUGGUUGGUAUCUGCCUGCCUUACAGGUUAGCUAUUUUCUGGGGUUCUCUGAGUGGAGUACAGCUAACUUUCCAAGGCUGCUUUCCUUCAUCCAAUUCAGAACAGAAAAAAGGUGUUCUAUAUGUCUGUACCCAUCGAACUCUUUUAGACCCAGUUUUCCUUAGCACAGCAUUGUGCAAGCCUUUGACAGCCGUGACCUACAGCUUGAGCAAAAUGUCUGAAAUAAUAGCUCCCAUCAAGACAGUUAGGUUAACCAGGGACCGGAAGCAAGAUGGAGAAACCAUGAAAAAGUUGCUGAGUGAAGGUGAUUUAGUGGUGUGUCCUGAAGGAACUACAUGCAGAGAGCCUUAUUUGUUAAGGUUUAGCUCAUUGUUUGCUGAACUAGCUGAUGAGAUAGUUCCAGUAGCCAUGAACGCUCAUGUAAGUAUGUUUUAUGGAACAACUGCAAGUGGGUUGAAAUGGUUGGAUCCCAUUUUCUUCCUGAUGAACCCUAGACCUAGCUACCAUGUUCAAAUCCUUGGAAAGGUGCCCCCAGAGUUUACAUGUGCCGGGGGCAGAUCUAGCUUUGAAGUGGCAAAUUAUAUUCAGAGAAAGCUGGCCGAUGCACUGGGAUUUGAGUGUACUACCUUUACUAGGAGAGACAAGUACUUGAUGUUAGCAGGUAAUGAAGGGAUUGUCCGUGAAAAUAAGAGAAAUUGACAAGCUCCUGCACAACAAAAUUUAUUUGCACACUUAAACCCUAUUGUAUUAACAUAUAUAUGUCAGAUCUUUCAAAUA